GUUUAAAGUAACACAAAAUUUGGCAAAAAGAAAGAUCAUUACAAUUCUUUCUCAUAUGAAAUCCCAUAAUCUUCUUUAAUAAAAAGAUUAAACCUUUAUUACGUAAAUCAAAAAUCCCUUGCAGUUUUUGUCAUUUGCAUGCAAUCUUGAUCAUCUUUUUGAUCAUAAAUUUGAGGUUUUGAAACUGCAAAGAAACAUGGGAUUUCAAGAAAAGGCCAAGAGUUUUGUGAACAAUAGAUGGCUAGUAUUUGUGGCAUCUAUGUGGGUGCAAUCAUGUUCUGGAAUUGGGUAUUUGUAUGGAAGUAUAUCACCAGUGAUCAAGAGUGCCAUGGGUUACAACCAAAGACAGAUUGCUAUGUUGGGUGUGGCUAAAGAUAUUGGUGAUGCUAUUGGUUUUGUAGCUGGCAGUUUGUGUGAAGUUGCUCCCAUUUGGGUUGUUCUUUUUAUUGGGGUUGCUCAAAAUUUCUUUGGUUAUGGUCUUGUUUGGCUCACUGUUAAUCAUACAUUGCCUCCUUUGCCUCUGUGGGUGUUAUGCAUAUGCAUAUUCGUGGGAACAAAUGGUGAGACCUAUUUCAAUACAGGAGCUCUUGUUUCGGGUGUCCAGAAUUUUCCUAAAAGUCGCGGACCCGUAGUAGGAAUACUCAAGGGUUUUGCGGGUUUGAGCGGUGCUAUCUUAACACAAGUUUACACCAUGUUCAAUUUCCCCGAUGAAGCCUCCAUAAUUUUCGUAGUAGCAGUGGGUCCCACAAUCGUGAUCACUGCAGUUAUGUUCAUGAUUAGGCCUGUUGGUGGUCAUAGACAAGCUAGACAAUCUGAUAACAUGAGUUUCUUAGCUCUGUAUGGUGUUUGUCUCAUUCUUGCUGCUUAUCUUUUGGCUGUUUUAAUUCUACAAGAUCUAGUCGAUUUGAGUCAAACCGUCCUCACCAUUCUCACAAUGGGGCUCGUGAUUCUUGUUUUACUUCCUGUUGCAAUUCCAGUUACAUUGGUGUUUUUCUCCUCUAAACCUGAGUCAGAGGAAAGCCUUCUUAGUGAAAGUCAGAAGCAAGAAUCAAUAGCUUAUGACAGAAACGAAGUUAUUUUGAGUGAAGUAGAAGACGAGACACCUUUGGGGGUUGAUGCACUUCCAGAUAAUGAACGGGAAAAGAGAAUAUCGCACUUGCAAGCUAGAUUAGUCCAAGCAGCUGCUGAUGGAGCCGUGAAGGUAAAGAAAGGGCCGAGAAGAGGGGAGGACUUUACUUUGAUGCAGGCGUUGGUGAAAGCCGAUUUCUUGCUCAUGUUCUUUUCUCUAGUUCUGGCCUCAGGGUCGGGUUUGACCAUUAUAGAUAAUCUUGGUCAAAUGUGUCAAUCUUUAGGUUAUGAAAAACCUCAUGUUUUUGUAUCCAUGAUCAGCAUUUGGAACUUCCUUGGUCGUGUUGGUGGUGGAUAUUUCUCCGAACUUAUUGUAAGAAAGUAUGCAUACCCAAGACCAGUAGCAAUGGCUGCGGUUCAAGUAGUGAUGGCUUGUUCACUUUUCUAUUAUGCCAUGGGUGCACCUGGGGCAAUCUAUGUUGUUUCAAUAGUAAUGGGGUCCUGUUAUGGGGCCCAUUGGGCCAUCGUGCCCUCUGCUGCCUCAGAGUUAUUCGGGUUAAAGAGUUUUGGUGCGUUGUACAAUUUUCUCACACUAGCUAGCCCAGCUGGUUCCCUAGUCUUUUCGGGUGUCAUUGCUAGUGGCAUUUACGACUAUGAAGCCAAGAUUCAAAAUGCGACAUCCAAUCACCCUCUCACAGAUGGUGAAGCACUCAGUUGCUAUGGGACUAUAUGCUACUCCAUCACUUGUGGGAUCUUGUCAGUUGUUUGUCUAAUGGCAUUUUUCUUGAGCAUGAUCGUUGUCUACAGGACUAAGAGAGUCUAUGCGAAACUUUAUGGGAACUCACAAGUUCGAUAAUCUCAUUAGGAAUCAGGGCAUGUAUGUUAGGCUCGAACGAUUCAAUUAUCAUAAGAUGGAGCCUUUUUUUCUUUUGUACACUACUAGAUCAUGAAUGUAUGUUGGGCUCCAAAAGUAGUAUCAUACAAAUUGUAUUUGUUGAAUGAAUUCUGUACCAGUUUGAUAAUACAAGUGACAUCACUAAAUUUUGUGAUAACACUUGUAUAGAAUUAGUGAUUUGUUAAAGUUGGAGUUUUAUUAUCAUUAGUGAAA